AUGGGCCAUGGGCCUAACGGCGGCAAGCCUGAUAUGAUGAUGCCGGGUCCUCCAUACCCUCCUCCCGGCGCUGGACUCGGUGGCCGCUCGACUAUCCCGGUGGAUGUGCCCAUAAGUGCCGUUUUCAUUGCGAUAUUCCUUACGGGAGCCAUCUCUCAUUUCACAAUUUUUCGAAGGAACCUCAAACGCAACUACAAGUUCAUCCCAUCUGCAGCUAGCGGUGGUUUUUGCAUAGCACGUAUUGUGGCUAACGUCCUCCGCAUCGCCUGGGCUACCAAACCGAUGAACGUGAACCUUGCAAUUGCUGCCCAGGUCUUUGUCGCUGCUGGUGUCUUGAUACUCUUCGUGCUCAACCUGAUAUUCGCACAGCGAAUGCUACGCGCUAGCCAUCCUACCAUCGGUUGGUCUCGGCCCGUGUCUUAUGCAUUCAAGUUACUGUACAUUCUCAUCGGCUUAACGCUGGUAACUGUCAUCACGGCAACUGUUCAUAGCUUCUUCACCUUGGACACGACUGCUCGACGAAUUGAUCGCGACCUACAACUUUUUGGUGGUAGCUUAUUGACUUUUGUCGCAUUCCUCCCGCUGCCUAUCCUUACGUUCAUUCAUAUAGUACCGCGGAGGCAGCCAAUUGAGCAAUUCGGGUCGGGAUCGUGGUCAGCUAAGGCUAUGAUAAUAGCCAUUGCGGCUUGUCUACUAACCCUAGGUGCUGGCUUCCGUAUUGGAGUGAGCGCCUCGCCUCUACGACCGGCGACCAAUCCCGCAUGGUACCAUCAUAAGGCAUGCUUCUAUGUCUUCAAUUUUGUCCUCGAAGCGAUGGUUGUCUAUAUGUUCCUCUUCGGCCGUAUCGACCGCAGAUUCUUCGUUCCCAAUGGUAGUUCAAAAGUAAGGAACUACUCCGACAACAGAAUAGAAGAGAAAGCAGCGGACAACGGCGAGGCACGACGAAGCCAAAAUUUCUUGUCUUGA